AUGGAUAGUGCUGGAAGGGAAUUCCCGCAUUUCAAAGCCGUCAUAUACAAUGACUUGGAGGCGGACUGUUACACUUGUUUCCGUGGAGAAGUCUUGAUCAGCCUUCGCCUGAUGCUGGGCCAAUUGAGCAAAGUGCGCUUGGUGCACCAUCAAAUAGCACCGAAAACAAAAUCUCUUAUGAUGCGCUCUUCUGAUCUUUAUGAAUUGAACAACAAGACGUCGAUAUCGGAAGCGUUCAAGACCCUCACCGAGUAUUUUCUCGGUGCUCCAGUAGGGACUACGGUCUAG